AUGCCACUGUGUGACAGUGCAGUGUGCUUCAUCCAGUGGAUCAUCUAUGUCCCCACAUUCGUGAUGGGUCUACCUCUCAACAUGGCUGCUCUGUGGCUACUCCUCUUCAGAAUCCGUCGAUGGACUGAGUCCAUGGUGUACCUCAGCAGUCUGAUCAUCAACGACAGCCUGCUCAUCUUCUCUCUGCCCUUCAAGAUGUACGCCUAUGAACAUACCUGGGGCCUGAGCAUGGGCUUCUGCACCUUCCUGGAGUGCCUGGUGUUCGUCAACAUCUACGGCAGCAUUGUACUGAUCGUGUGCAUCUCGGGUGACCGCUAUGUUUCUCUGCGCUUCCCCCUUCGAGCCAAGCGUCUUCGUUCGCCACACAGUGCCGCCCUCCUCUGCCUGGCCAUCUGGGUGACGGUGUUCGCUUUGACCACGCCCAUCUAUGAGCUCCACAACAACAAAAACAAAAACAACAACAACGCCACCAGACUGCACAGCAAAGAAACCGAGAGGUGUUUCCAGAGCUUCUCCAGUGAAACUUGGAAGAGGAAGUGGAUCAUCAUCGUCAUGGAGACCGUGUUCACAGUCAGCAUGGUCACCAUGCUGUUCUUCUCGGUGAGCGUGAUACAGAUCCUGAAGGACAUGCGCCGACGGAACCCCCGGGAUGAGAAGCUGAGGAACAACAAGUCUUUAAAGAUUGUCCUGAGCAACCUGGUGGCCUUCCUGCUAUGCUUCAUCCCCUACCAUGUGGCUGCGCCGGUCUACUUCCUGGCCAAGAACCGCACAGAGGAGCCAGGCAUCAUCGACCCCCUCAGAGACUUUGUCCACAUCAGUACCUGCGUGAGCAGUGUCAACUGUCUGAUGGAUGGGGUCUGCUACUACCUCAUCCUGAAGGAGCUGUCUGCCGGCCAGGAGAGGAGGAGGCUGUCCACUAGAGGAAACAUGGUGGGGAGGCCCGGGGAAAAUAAUCAGCUACAGCCGUUGGGCAACGUCUAG